AUGGCAAGUGAUCAAUCAAACUUUGAAGUGAUCAUGACAAAGCAAGAUAAUCAUCAAGACUUAUUUUCCCUUCCCACACAACUCCCUUCUCUUGAUGGUUUCAGUGAAUUUUCAGGACACUACGCAAUCGAUUAUCAGUAUGAUUUGUCUAUUCAAGAAAAUAGUGUUAAUAAUAAUCCUUUGAUGGAGAUGGAAUGCACUCUCGAAGAUCCAUUUUAUUCAUCUUUUUGUAGCCUUACCCCAGGAGAGUUAUGCUAUGAGGAAAUUGGAAAUGGAAUGAGCGGUGAAUUUGGAUUAAGUACCGAAUUAAUCGGAAAUGGAUACCACCAAUUGUUGUUAUGUGAUAACAUUAAUCAACAAGAGAUGAUGGCUAAUGAUCGUGUUAAUGAGGAAAUUAUUAAUAUAACGGAAAAAGAGAAGGAUAAUACAAGGGAAAUUAGAGAGGAGAUUAAUAGUUCAAGAAUGUUGUCUAGAGAUACAAUUUCAAAGUAUUUUUACAUGCCAAUUACUCGAGCAGCAAAGGAGCUCAAUAUUGGGUUGACACUUUUGAAGAAAAGAUGUAGGGAUUUGGGAAUUAGAAGGUGGCCUCAUAGGAAGUUGAUGAGUCUUCAGGCACUAAUCAAGAAUGUUAAGGAAUUGGAGAAGGGAGGAGGAAAUGAGAUGGAACAAAAGUUGAAGGAUGUGAUAAAGCUAUUAGAGAAAGAGAAGAAGAAGAUGGAAGAAAUUCCAGACAUGGAACUUGAGGAGAAAACAAAGAGAUUGAGACAAGCAUGCUUUAAGGCUAACUACAAGAGGAGAAGGCUAAUGUGUAUGCCAGAAUUACAGGCUUCUUUUGGUAGUUAUUGCACUAACACUCCUACUGCUGCUCAUGUAAUUGCUAAUGAAGAAGAUGAUGAAGAGAUUAAGUCUCUUCUUGCUGAUUGCUUCUCUUACAAUAGUCCAACGUUGCAUGACUGA